CUAAAUAAAAUAAAUAAUACGCUGAGACGGACUUCACUUCGAACCCGUAAAACAAACAGAGUAGAGGAUGUCCGCAGAUGCGUUUGGAGCCGGGGGCAGCGACGCCCAGCAAACCCUGCAGUCCUUUUGGCCUCGUGUCAUGGAGGAGAUCAGGAACCUGACUGUGAAGGAUUUCCGCGUGCAGGAGUUGCCUCUGGCUCGAAUCAAGAAAAUUAUGAAGCUGGAUGAGGAUGUCAAAAUGAUCAGUGCAGAAGCUCCAGUCCUGUUUGCCAAAGCGGCUCAGAUCUUCAUCACAGAGCUCACCCUCAGAGCGUGGAUCCACACCGAGGACAACAAGAGACGCACACUACAGAGGAACGACAUCGCCAUGGCAAUAACAAAGUUUGACCAGUUUGACUUCUUGAUCGACAUUGUUCCCCGGGACGACCUGAAACCCCCUAAACGACAGGAGGAGAUGCGUCAGUCAGUAGCUCCAGCAGAGCCGGUGCAGUACUAUUUCACCUUGGCCCAGCAACCCGGAGCCGUACAGGUGCAGGGAACACAGCAAGGCCAGCAACCCGGUGCACAGACAGCCACGACCAUCCAGCCUGGACAGAUCAUCAUCGCACAGCCACAGCAAGGACAGAGUGCACCGGUGGCCAUGCAGGUGGGUGAGGGUCAACAGGUACAAAUUGUCCAGGCGGCAGCAGCUCAGGGUCAGGCUCAGACUGCUCAAGCCCAGGGCCAGACCAUGCAGGUCAUGCAGCAGAUCAUCACCAACACAGGAGAGAUUCAGCAAAUCCCGGUGCAGCUAAAUACAGGCCAGCUACAAUACAUCCGUCUAGCCCAGCCUGUCUCUGGGGCACAAGUGGUCCAAGGACAGAUUCAGACUCUCGCCAACACCCAGCAGAUCACACAGACAGAGGUACAGCAAGGACAGCAGCAAUUCAACCAGUUUACUGAUGGACAGCAGUUGUAUCAGAUUCAGCAGGUGACGAUGCCAGCAGGCCAGGAACUGACCCAGCCAAUGUUCAUUCAGUCCACCAACCAGACAGCUGAUGCACAGGUCACGCAGGUCAGCACCGACUGAGCCCCAACCAGGAACCUUUACUUCACACACACACACACACACACACACACACACACACACACACACACACACACACACACACACACACACACACACACACACACGCACGCCCACCUACCCACGACACGCACACCAGCCCAUGUGACGCAGACAGAUGCCACCAACUUUGACAAAGGACGCUCGAUAACCUUGAUUUUAAGCACUGCUCAUUAAGAUGAGGGACCUGAAAUCUUGUAACACUCAUUUUUUUGUAAUAAAUUUAGUACACUGGAUCAAAAACCAAAGGGACACCGAUUGACUCUCUCACAAUCACAUGCUAAGUUGCAUCCAUGCUUAAGACACCGCUUCCGUUUUUGUACUUCUGUCACCAACAUCUUUAGAGAAAAUAUGCAUCUACUGCCACAGUCAACUGUCUCUCCACUGGCCAGCUCAGUUCUUCUUCUCGUCCUUGUCCAAACUUCAAAGAUUUUUAAAACAUCAGAAAGUGUGUGUUUUACUCUUCAUGAUCUGGCCCUGGCAUAUCUGUGGGUGAAGGAAGACAUGGGAUUCUUCACCUCCUGCUUUCCCCUCUGUUGAAAACAUGAAUCAUACUUUCUUCAUUGUUUGUCAUGUAAUUGAUGGAUAAAAUUAAGCCAUAUACCUCAGAUUAUCACUUUUUACAGCAACUCAAUCUAAGGGAUCUUGAGAAGAAGUUAUAGGUUCAAAGAUAAUUUCAUGUAGUUUCUCUGUUGUGUUAUUUUCCACAUUGACAAUGAAGCAUGACUUUAUGUUGUAAGGGCUUCAAACUGUAUAGGUUAACUGUGUAUGUGAUGGUGUGUGUGUGUGUGUGAGCUUGUGUUUCAAGCGCCCACACCACAGUCACCUUUACUCUUCCAUUUUGGUUCUUGUUUCACUUUCUUUCCUCACCCCUUUGUCUUUAGAGCAGGGAAGCUCUUCUCUGCCUCUAUGCAGUUUCACACAACCUUGUCUACCCGGGUGGUUUUGGAGUCUUGUGCCCUGGUUUAAGUCUCAUGUACAAACACAUGACUCCGUCUGGAGGAAAAAAAAACACCCUUUUUAUAGAACUCUUUUUUUUUUUUUCAAUACAAGUGUUUUUCUUUCUGGUUUUGAAAUGAUGUUUGGCCUCAUAUCUUCCCCACCAUUUUUUUUGUACAGUAAUAAUUAUUAUCAAUGUUCUUAUUGUUGUUUUUUGCAUGUAGUUCAAACUGCCAGCAUGACAUGCAAUAGAUAGGUACAGUUUUAUUUUUGACGUUCCUUUUUGUAAACAAACUUUGUUUGUGAGAAAAAAUAAAAACCAUAACUUGUCUUAA